ACAGUUCUCUAGCAUUUGCAUUUUGAAAAACACUUGUGAGAAAUAUAUAAAAUACGCUAUUUUAAAUUAAAAAUAAAAUAAUAAUAAUUUUUAUAAUAUAUAAGUAAUAAAUAAUGUAUAAGGAUGAAAACAUGAAUACUUUACAGAUCAUUGUAAAACUUACAAAGAUUUAAAAAGAAAAAAAGAAUAGCCGCAUCGUCUGCAGUAGAAAUAUAAAAAACUCCCCCAAAACAAAAGGACGAAAAUUGAUUUUUCCAUUAGCAAGCCGAGAAAGGACUAGUUAGGAAGUAUUAAAAUAUUUAUCAAGCCAUAUUUCUACAUAAAAAAAUUAAAAAAUGAGUGAAGAAGAAAACGAAAAGAUAAUUUUGGACUUGUCUCGCAAACAACUGAAGAAGGUGCCAAAACAAGAAGACGCUCAAAAUGUUCGUACUUUACUAUUGGAUGAAAAUGAAUUGCAAAAAAUUGAUAAUAUCGAUUCAUAUCUCAAAAUUGAAAAGUUGUCUUUAAGUAAAAAUCAAUUAUUACGCAUGUAUGGUGUUUGCCGUCUACAUUGUUUAAGAGAUUUAAAUCUAUCCUUCAAUGGCAUACUAUCAAUUGAAGGUCUGAAGGAGUGCGUUCAUUUGCGUUAUUUAAAUCUGGAGGGAAAUAACAUCAAGACAAUUGAACAUUUGAAUACGAAUAUAAAAUUGGAAUUUUUGAAUUUAGCUGAAAAUAGUAUUGGCAGUAUAUCGGAUAUUUCAUUUCUGAAAAACCUUAAGGAGUUAUACUUGCAUGGUAAUCGCUUAACACAUUUAAGACAAUGUGACAAAUAUUUACCGACUUCACUAGAAGCUCUAACUUUGGCUAAAAAUAAUAUAAGUGAUCUUAAUGAAAUUUGUUCAUUAACAAAUCUUAUUAAUUUAAAUAGCUUAACGAUUAAUGAAAAUCCCUGUGUCUCAAUGACUGCUGGACCAGACGGUUUCGAUCAUAGACCAUUUGUUUUAAAUUGGUGUCUAACAUUAAAAAUUAUUGAUGGAUUUGUGGUGGAUCCAAUUGAGAGCCUUAAGGCCGAAUGGUUAUACAGUCAGGGACGAGGGCGCAGUUUUCGUUUGGGCGAACAAGCUGCCUUGGCCAAGUAUUUAAGUUCAGUAUGUCCUCUAAUUGGUAAAGCAUUAGAAAAUGAGAAUGAACGUAAGUUACGUUUAAUACUUAGCAAAGCACAACAUCAUCAACGUCAGUUGCAAGAAGAAAUUUCUGAAAAUUCUAAUCCAUCUGCUAAUAAUUCACCAUCUUCGGGUCGGAAAAAGCCAGCUAGUCGUAUACAGUCUCCUAGGUUUUCUCGUUUGAGUGGCCGUCAGGGUUCACCAGAUUCUAUGGUAAAUAGUUAUCAUGGUAAUACAACAAAUGAACAAGUAGCUAAUGCUAAUCAUUUAGUACAGAUGACAACUUCUUUAAUAGAGAAUAUUAAAAAUUGUGAUACAUUAAUGUCGCAGAGUCUAGAAGGUUCCAAUGUCAACAGUUCAAAUUCUAAAAUGAAUAACUCGCAAGAUUCCACACCUCGCACCAUAACACCAAAUCCCUAUAAUGGAGGACCUUUAAAUGCUGCCUCAAAAAUGGUGCCUGUACCCGAAACCCUUAUGAGCCCAGACGUUUGUCCUGCCGCAGUGGCUCAAAGAGUUACGGUAUCUGCCAUAAAUACUCAAAUACAGCAGACAAAAAUUAAUAAAAACAAAGAUAAUCGCUUAAAUUCUCCAAAAAUGCGUAGUCCUCAUUUAAAACGCAAUACCACAGAACGUAGUCCAACAAUGAGUCCAAGAAAAACAAAUUCACAUACAAACACCACUAAUACUGCUCAGCACCAGCAUACAAAUCAAAAGAAUGUGGGUAAUCAACAGCAUGCUUUACACAUGGACCAUCAAAUGAAAUCAAGACAAUUUAUUAGCAAUUCAAUGCUCGUUGCUGCACCGGAUGAUUGUUCUGGUGGUGGCAGUUCAGAUGAUGAUAGUGACCACAUAAAUGUGGACAAACUGAAAACGAUACGUAAUAAAGCUGCUCAAAGAUGCCAACAACUUAAACAAAAUAUGGAAAAUUCUAGUCAUAAUCUUAGUCCCGACACUGAAAAUUCGGCAGUAGUUAUACAGAAAAUAUGGCGCGGCUACAGAACUCGCAAGAAAACAAAGGAUAUUGCAGAAAAACUACUAAAGAAACGUACUCAUGAAUAUAUAGAUAAAUUAACCAAAGACAUGGAAAUGACAAAAGCUCAGUUAGAAAAUGAGCGUAAAAUCCAACAAUUGCAAAUGCAGGCCAUUAAUGCAUUAUGGAAAAAAGUCUCAUCCAUGCAAAAUACAACAGCAACCAACACUAAUACGACAAUCGAUAGUCAAAAUAUUGAAAAUACCAGUUCAACGACAUCGAUAGGCAAUCAACAAAAUCAAAAUACCUUAAGUUUGGAUAACAGUUCAACCACGGUGGUUAAUGAUUUGGCAAAAACCUGCACCAUGCUAACGAAUCAGGUCCAGCAAUUGCAAGGUUCCAUGAGAGACAUUUUGAAUUGUCUUACAUUGUUUUGUAAUUUGCCACAAGAAAAUGUUAAACGUCUUUUAACGGCGGGAGUAGCUGAAGCUUUAUCUACAACACCGCAUAAUGCAGCACAUGUCAUCAACUCGGCAACCACAACUAAUGUGACAACGUCCCAGGUAGAAAAAAGAGAUUCAGCUGCUACACAAACAGAAAUCGUUGCCGUUCACACGCCCCAGUUGGAAAAUCAAUCACAUUUCCCUUUUACAAAAAUACGACCUUCUACGCUGCCUUUAAUAGAAUCCCAAAAUCCUAAUACACCAAGUAAUAGUAACAAUGUCGCCACUACCGCUACGGACACCGACAACACAACCACUGAAACACCAACCAAUAAAAGGCCUUCUUUAGAGGAAAGCGGUAUUGCCAGUACCGAGGAUGUGCGCAGUUCAAAUGAUUCCGUAUCAAUUGUGGAGAAACAAGACGAGGACGAGAAACACAAUCUGAAUUUGACUACAACAAUUAGUGGCUAAUGGAAUUUGCAAUAUAGUAAAGAGGCAAAAACAAAGUGAUAGAUAUCUGUAUUUUAUUAAGAAAUAUUUUUCACAUUGAUAUAAGUUUAAAAUUAUCACAUAGUACACACAUAAAUCAUAAAACCAAAAAUUUUAAAAUUCAACAACAAAAUCAACCAGCUAGCACAUUUUCUAUUUUCGCAGAAUAUGCUUAAGACAGGAAGACAAAAAUCAAAUUGAACAACAUCGAUAGUAGAAAAAUGCCAUUAGUUUUAUUAUUUAGAUUGUUUGCAAAUAAAUUCAACUUGAUAUGUGUAGUUCUUAUCCUCACCAGACUCAUAAACACUCACUCACUCUUUUCUCAGGCUCGUAGUCGUUUCUAUUUAUAAAUGCAUGUGAAUGAAAGACAUUUUCACAAGAAGGCUUAAUAAAAAGAAAAACUGAAAGGAUCUCAAAUAUUUUUACAUUACAUUAGUACUUAUUAUUAUAAUUAUCUUGUAGCUUUUGCAUAACACAACAAAAAAUUACAAAUCAACCUGAUAUAAAAUUAUAAAAGUAAAUAAAUAAUAACAAACUGACCACCAGUUUAUUAAAAUAUAAAUAAAUAUGAAAAUAUUUAACUAAAUAUGCCACCAUUUUUAAAGCAUUUCUAUAACUUAUUCUGUCUCCAUUUUAAGUCUACGAAAUUUGUAUUAUUUUUUUUAUACAACUCAACAAAAAUAUUUAAAGAUGAAUUUAUUGAAAACCAAUAAAUUUUAUAUUGGUAUUGCUAUAUAAAGUAUUUUUUAUUUUUGGAUUCUUUUUUUCAAUUAUUAAAAACAUUGACUCAUACUACAACAUCCAUCCAUAAAAACAGCAAUAAGAACAACGAAACUAUUACAAAAAUUUUUAGUUUUAGUUUCUUCGAUUUUUUUUCUGAUCCCCCAACUACCCUUCCUUUCUUUGCAAUUUCUAUUCUCUAUGUAGCAGUAAGUAAAAUAUAUUUCAAAGAAAAAAUAUGUUAAAUUUACAUGCAAAAA